UCACGACCAGAGGUCGAGAGCCCCUUUAGUUGUACCACUUUUAGGUCGCUGGGUAUUUUCUAAGCCGUCGUGGCCUUCGAGUAAGUUUCCACCAUGGGAGGGAGGGAAGCUGAUCAGAGUCAGAGCGUACGUGCAUGUGCUUCACACUCACACUCGCUGUACGUAUAGGUGUGUGUCUGCCGCCGCCUGUGCGUGCGGUCGUCGUCUCUUCGCGCUACCUACCUAGAGCCACCGAGUGGUCGUCGUCGUCAUCUCCACCGGCCGGCGCCUCCCAGUCCCAGUCCCAGCCCACAGCCAGCCCGGCUAGCUGCCUAUAUAUUCUCCAUCCAUGACGGUGCGACGACGACAUGACCUGACACCGUCGUCAUCGAUCCAUUCGAUCGUCGCGUGGAGCCUUGCCGGCCAGCGAUAUAUUAGAGAGGGAUUUGUGUGUGGCGGUCGAUCAGGUCGUCGUCGUCGUCGGCCAUGGCGGCGUGGAGGGACGGCUACCUGGACAUGGUGCUCAUCCCGCUCGCCAUCCUCUUCCCCGCCCUAUACCACCUCUGGCUCUACCGCGCCGUCCGCCGCAGCCCUCUCAGCUCCACCGUCGGCAUCAGCGCCGCCGCUCGCCGCAUCUGGGUCUUCUCCAUGAUGAAGAACAACGAGAAGCAGGCGGUGACCGUGGUGCAGUCGAUCCGGAACGUGCUGAUGGGUUCGACGCUGGUGGGCACGACGUCGAUCCUCUUCUGCACGGGCGUGGCGGCGGUGCUGAGCAGCACCUACGCCGUGAAGAAGCCGCUCAGCGACGCCGUCUUCGGCGCGCACGGCGAGUACAUGAUGGCGCUCAAGUACCUGCUCCUCCUCUCCGUCUUCCUCCUCGCCUUCCUCUGCCACAGCCUCGCCAUCUGCACGCUCAACCAGGCCUCUUUCCUCGUCAACGCGCUCUCGCCGGCGCCGCACCUCCACCUCCCCGGCGUCACGCGGGACUACGUCGCCGACGUCAUGGAGAGAGGAUUCAUCCUCAACCUCGCCGGCAACCGCCUCUUCUUCGCCGGCGCGCCCCUCCUGCUCUGGAUCUCUGGCCCCGUGUUCCCCUGCAUCUGCUCAAUGGCCAUGAUCCCUGUUCUUUAUAACAUGGACGUGGUCGAUGACGCCGACGAUGGCCGGAGCAGGAGCAGCAGCGGUGGAGCCAAUGGCGCUGUCGUCGUCAUGGAUGGCGAGAGUGACGAUCAGAGCAUUGAAGUCGUCUGAUGAUCGACCUGAUGAUGAUGAUGAUGGUGGAAUGGAACGCAGACAGCAAUUCUCAUGAUCUCAUGCAUCCAAGCGGCAUCGGCAUAUGGAAGAAUAUGCUGUGCUUUACAUUGUUGUAGUGCCCAGCAGCCAUAUAUGCAAAUAUAUUCUUGUUUGUAGAAGAUGAUGCAUAUGCAUGUAGACUUCCUUUUUCACUAGUUUGUGCUCUAGCAACUGACUAGUGGGUUGGGUUGGUGAAUUUUUUUAUUGACCCGUGUAAUAAGGAAAAUAUAUGGCAUAUAUAUUGACAUGACAACCGCGUGCUGAUCGGAAGAUCUUCAAA